AGCGGGCCGUGGCCGAGGCCCCUCCGUGGGCGCCGCGCUCGCGGCUGCGGGAGCUGCUGCUGACACACUGCAUGUGGCACUUCGACCUGGGGUACGUGGGGGGGAUGAGCGAGGUCCUGGCCCCCCUGGCCGAGACCAUCCCGGACGAGGCCGAGGCGUUCUGGGCCUUCUGCAGCGUCAUGGGCGCCGUGGGUGAGAGUUUCGGGCCGGGCCGUUCCGGGCUCCGGCGCCGCCUGGGGGCGCUGCGGGCGCUGGCGGCGCUGCUGGAGCCGGGCCUGGGCCAGCGGCUCGGUGAGAAAAUGGGGAAAAAUACCAAAAAUAAUGGGGAAAAAUGA